GUACAAACAUCAUUUUUGAUCAAACUAGGAACUUUUUAAAACAUCAAUUAACGAUAGGCGGAUGUGUCUCUCGUGGGAGUCGCGGGUCUCUUAGAUUUGGGAUGGCUUCCAUCAAAUUGUUGUCGACUAGAGUAAUGAAAUUAUGAAAAUGAAUACUUCCGGCAAAAUGUUUGCCUCUCAUUUUUCCCGCUACUUUCAGUUUCAACUCCCCUAAAUCUCUAAACCCGGAUGUCUCUCGACUCUGGCAAAAAUCCUUCUUACCUUCAGCUUUACUGUCUUCUUAUCAGUCUCUUGAACGGCCAUAUAUGAAAUCCAGAGAUCUGGCGUUGAUCUCUGUCGCCGGAGUGAUCGGCGCCGCUGCAGUUCGUCUAUUUGUCAGCCGCCGAAAAUACCGCCCGCCGUCCUUCGGUGCCGACUUGGCAAUUAAUGGGGCACUGAAACAUUCACUGAGGAGCCCAUUUGAUCCGUCCAAACGGGAAAGUUAUUUGUCGUGGGAUGAUUAUUUCAUGGCUAUUGCAUUCCUGUCCGCAGAACGCUCCAAAGAUCCCAACAGGCAGGUUGGCGCAUGUUUGGUGAGCCAAAAUGGCAUAAUACUUGGCAUUGGUUACAAUGGAUUUCCACGUGGUUGCUCAGAUGAUAAACUUCCUUGGGCUAAGAAAUCCAAAACUGGAAAUCCCUUGGAGACAAAGUACCCUUAUGUCUGUCAUGCUGAAGUUAAUGCUAUCCUGAAUACAAAUCACGCCUCAGCUGCAGGGCAGAGGCUCUAUGUCACCAUGUUCCCUUGCAAUGAAUGUGCAAAGAUAAUUAUCCAGUCUGGUGUUUCCGAGGUUGUUUAUUUUGUGGAGAAAGGGUUGGAAAGUUGUGAUACAACCUAUAUUGCUUCUCACAAACUUUUAUCGAUGGCGGGCAUCAACGUAAGGCGGCAUGCUCCGCGAAUGAAGGAGAUCUCAAUUAAGUUUGAUGAGUUAUAGUCCUCCCUCUUGUAAUUGUGACCAUUACUAGAGCUGCCAAACACGCCUAGACAAUCCAUUCCUUAGAUAUUAUUAGCCAUUAUUAGCCCUUUUAAGUACGUGCAUGUUAUGUUGUGAAACACUAUUGUGCUUGAUAAUAAAAAUGUACUAGCAUGUGAUUGGAUCUUGUGAUCGAGUUUUGUACUAGCAAAGCGUAAGCAUGCUGAAUGGUUGUGAUUUAAGCAGUAGCACAAUAUUUCGAAAUAAGCGUCACCUCUAGGUAGCCU